GUUGGACGGGUGCCGGGAGGGCGCGCGUGCGUAUCCUCAUAACUGCGAGCGCGGCUACGUCUCAUGCGGUGGCACCGGCUUCCCUGGAGACUGCAGCCUCGGACUCGUGCAUCUUCUUUCGUCUUCCUUCCCUUCACCCCCCCCACCUUGGAAACGAAAGAAAGGACUAGCUGCUGAGAAACCUGGCCCUUGACUCGCCUUGGGCUUACCCCAGGCACCUGUGCCUAAAGACGCGCCUGUUAGAGGUCUCCUUAAAAACUUCACACCUGACUGCUCCAUCUAAGCAGUUUUAAAUUGGAAAAGGAAGAGCCGACUGCAGGCCUCUCUAAAAGUGUCAACCUCUUGCCUAAGAACUGGAAAGACUGACUAGUUUGAACAUGGAAAACCAAGAACCAGUGGAUUCUUCUGGAAAAACCAAACAGUUUACUAUUUCAGAGGAGUUAAUUGCAGAAGGAAAAUGGGUCAAGUUUGAAAAAACAACUUACAUGGAUCCUACUGGUAAAACGAGAACUUGGGAAACUGUGAAACGUGCAACCAGGAAAGGACAGUCGGCUGAUGGUGUGAUGAUUAUCCCAGUACUGCAAAGAACUCUGCAUUAUGAAUGUAUCAUUCUGGUGAAACAGUUCCGUCCACCCAUGGGAAGCUACUGCCUGGAAUUCCCUGCAGGUCUCAUAGAUGAUAAUGAAAGCCCAGAAGCAGCUGCUCUGCGAGAGCUGGAAGAAGAAACUGGCUAUAAAGGUGAUGUUGCUGAAUGUUCUCCAGCUACAUGUAUGGAUCCAGGUUUGUCAAACUGUACCACACACAUCGUGACAGUAACCAUUAAUGGAGAUGAGGCUGAAAAUGUAAGACCCAAGCCAAAUCCAGGAGAUGGAGAAUUUGUGGAAGUACUUUCCUUACCAAAGAAUGACCUGAUGAAGAGACUUGAAGCACUGGUAACUGAAGAACAUCUGACAGUGGAUGCUAGAGUCUAUUCCUAUGCUCUGGCGCUGAAACAUGCAAAUACCAAGCCAUUUGAAGUGCCCUUCCUGAAAUUUUGAGGCCAGAGGAGAGUAGCCAUGUUUUUGUUCUAUAAAUGAGACCAUAAGGUCUCCUUCACUAAGACUUUGUAUUCAGCUAAGUUUGAUGGAAAUGUAAAAUUACCUUUUUCAUAAAAUAAGAUCAACAAAAAAUGCAUAUGGUGGUAUGGAAUUAUAAUUAUAGGUAGGCUAUUGCCUUCAUUUAAAUGCUAAAUGCAAAUAUGUUUAAUCCAUUUUUUUUAACUUCAGCUGUUAUCUAACCUAAUCCAAGAAAUAGGGGUUAGAGAGACCUGAAUUCUAAAUUAGGUCAACUACUCUUACCUCAAACUCCCAACAUAAAAUUCUAUAGCCGAUGGCA